AUGGUGGCAAAUAAUUUGUUUUAUCAAAACCUGUUUCACAUAACACAACUUCAUUUACCAAUUCUUUGGGGGAAUCAAUUGUCGUU